CUCAGCGGGCUGCCAGUCGUCGGCCAGCCAGCCAACCAGGAGGCGCGCCCAGGCGCGCUCUGCACACAAUAAAACCACAGAAUAUGUUGGCAACUGGCAAAGCAGAUGGAUUGUCGAGAGAGCGGGAGAGCAAUAGCCGUGUGCCAGCAACGGCAGAGCAGAGUGCCGAGCAUAAGGGGUGACGACGAUUCGAAUUGGAAGCUCUCUCGCUCUCGGAGUCCAACAACAGAAUCAGGACAGAUGUGCGAGUGCCGCGAGUGAGCGGAGAGUUUCGCGUUUGAAUGGGACAAUAUGAAAAUUCCAAGUGGACUCGCUGCUCCGGUGGUGGCAAACGGCGACUACUUAAAGAGGAACAGAUUGCGUGCGGGCAGCAGUCGAAAACAGAGCUUCGAAACGAACGGUGCCACACAUUAGUUGACAAGUGCAUAGCAAUCCCAAAAUAGAACUCCAUAGAGACUACGCCAAAAGUAUAGCAAGUGUCCAGUGCGAUGAACUUGCUCAUGGAUAGCCUGCCGUCGCAUGCGAAUCCCGCCGUGCGUCGUACAACACCGCCACAACAGCAAACCGAGCUGCGCAUCUCCACCAGCCCCACGGCAACAGCAGCAACAGCAACAAUGACACAGCAACAACACUCCAACAACAACAACAACAAUGAGCAGCCCAGCGUCAAGACCACACUGAAGCGCUCCUUUGACGUGGCCUUUCUGAUGAUGCCCGAUGAGCGCAUCAAGCAGAAGCAGGCCGAGAAGCAGGCACGCCUACAGGAGGCACUGCAGCAGCAUCAACAGCAGCCGCUCCAAUUGAAUCACUAUCCCACGGAUUUGUCACCUCGCGCUGCCGCCUCACAGCCGCCCUCGCCGGCGGCUCUGGAGUACAUUAGUUUGCUGGAGGCGCGCCAGCGCUAUCCGCAGCUGGCCAUACGUUCGCCCAGGGUCUACGAUGAUCCCACGCUGGUCAUACCGUUGGUGGACUCGCCAGAGGCAACAGUUUCACCGCCACCGCCACCCAUGCGCAGCGCCUUCACCAAGGUGGCCUCCUCGCUGUCCAGCUCAUCGUCGCCCUCGACGGUGUCGCGGCUGGAGUCACCGGUGGAUGUGAGUGCUCCGCCACUUAGCCCCGAUCAGUUGAGCUGCCACUCCAUGAGUCCACCGGUUGCCACGCCCCCACCGCGCACAAACAGCGGCGGCGGCGGCAGUCUUGGCAACAAUGCACCAGCAGGAGCAGCAGCAGCAGCCGCGGGACCCAACAGUUUGCCCAACGGCAUGCCAGCCAAUCCCAUCAUGUAUCACAACUUUCGGCCAGAGUAUCAAUUCAAUGGUGCUUUCCAGGCUGUGAAUCCGAUGCAGGCGCUUCAAGCACAGCAGCGAUUGAAGCAGCAGCUGCUCUACAGGCCGCCAAUUGCACCAAAUGGCCACAGUCCCAAUAGCUGCUCAUCGAAUCCCUCGUCGCCGCCAACGGGUCCGCCGCAAGAGUUUCUGCAUGCCUAUCCAGGAUUUGGGCCGCCUCCGCAUCCGUUCGCAGUCGCUCAGCCCCUGCAGAAUCCGGCCGCAGCCGCCAUUCUCUCCACGCUUAUUCCACCGACGCUGGCGUCCACCUUCACGCUGACCGCGCAGAAUGUCUGCGCCAAGUGCAACAUUAGCUUCCGCAUGACCAGCGAUCUGGUCUACCACAUGCGCUCCCACCACAAGAGCGAGGUGGCCUGCGAUCCGAAUCGACGCAAGCGCGAGGAGAAGCUGCGCUGUCCCGUCUGCCAGGAGACGUUCCGCGAACGGCAUCAUCUCACCCGACACAUGACCGCGCACCAGGACAAGGCCAGCGAUCAUCAGCCCACGCCGGAGGAGUCCAGCAACGACAAUGAGAUCAUCAAUGUGGUUGGUGGCACGCCGCCGGGACGCCGAUCUGGCGGCGGUGCCAAAUGAUCCAAGAAUUUCUUCGGAUACUUUUAAGCUGCUGCGCGUUUUGUUAGGCUAGAGUCCGUAACACUUCCUCCCAACCCCCUGCCCCAGAAAUGUUUCCAUUGUGAUAUUAAGUUUAGUUACAGCCCCAACCUAAGUUAAAGAACCGUAGCCAUUUACCUUAUAUAGUGCAAUUCUUAUCGCAACCGACCAAACUUUGUUUCCCCCAUCCCAUUAGCGGUAGGCCAGGCUGAGCUCGAUCAAUCCUGCCCGUUUUAUCAUUGUAAAAUACUAGAACUAAGUCACAUGCUCAUCGGAAUUAAGUAGUUGAUGUGCGUCUUAAUGUUUACAAAUAAAUAUCUAA